AGGCCUAUCUAAUUAAUCAUUCUGUUCUCAGUGUGCUAACCAAAUGCCUUUAAAUCAUAAAACUGGUAUUUCUUUUUGCAGAUCCUGUCCGGAUGUGGUGUUUAUGAUGGUACUGAAAUACAUGAAGCCUCAGCGAUUUUGGUCCAUUUGAGCCGUGGCGGAGCAAGUGUUCAGAUGUAUGCCCCAAAUAGUUUGCAGAUGCAUGUUAUUGACCAUACCAAAGGGCAGCCAGCUGAGGGGGAAUCAAGAAAUGUCCUGAUGGAAUCGGCAAGGAUUGCACGUGGCAAAAUUGUAGAUUUGGCUAAAUUGACUGUAAAUGAUCAUGAUGCUGUCAUAUUUCCUGGAGGCUUCGGAGCUGCCAAAAACCUGUCUACCUUUGCUGUGGAUGGGAAAGACUGUAAAGUUAAUGGAGACAUUGAACGUGUCCUGAAGGAUUUCCACAAAGCAGGGAAACCCAUUGGUCUGUGCUGCAUUUCACCUGUCUUAGCUGCAAAAGUGCUUCCUGGUACUGAAGUUACAGUAGGACAUGAAGAAGAGCAAGGUGGUAAAUGGCCUUAUGCUGGAACUGCUGGGGCCAUUAAAGCACUGGGAGGAAAACAUCAGAUUAAAGAAGUAACAGAAGCCCACGUGGACACAAAGAACAAGGUGGUAACUACACCAGCCUUUAUGUGUGAAACUGAACUGCAUCACAUCUUUGAUGGCAUUGGGGCCAUGGUGAAAAAUGUAUUGAAGCUGACAGGCAAAUGAAGAGGACGGACGCCCAUAAUAGCAGUAACAACAGUUUUUAAAAGGCCUUCAGUCAUGGCAACAUCAGCUUGACCUGGGACUGACUUCUAGGUGUAUGCAAGAUUUUUCCAGACUGACUUGUUUAAUUUCCAAUCCUGGAACAAUUUCGCAAAUGAAAUCAUGAUAUCAUUCUUGUUUCAGCAACACUGUUCUACUUAUCAUUAAAACAGCUGGCAGGUUACACAGCAGACAACCUGUUUACUGUUCUAGAAAUAUUUGCUGCAUAAGAAAUUCUGAUUGAUUAUAACUCCACUGAGCAAUUAAAAUUAGUGGUGUAAACUCUGA